UUGUUUCUUUCUUUCUUUCUUUCUUUCUUUCUUUCUUCCAUCCUUCCAUCCUUUCUUUCCUUCUUUCUCCCUUCCUUCAUUCCUUUCUUUCUUCCAUCCUUCCAUCUUUCUUUCUUUCUUUCUUUCUUUCUUUCUUUCUUUCUUCCAUCCUUUCUUUCCUUCUUUCUCCCUUCCUUCCUUCAUUCCUUUCUUUCUUUCUUCCAUCCAUCCUUCCAUCCUUUCUUUCCUUGUUUCUCCCUUCCUUCCUUCCUUCCUUCCUUCCUUCCUUCCUUCCUUCCUUUCUUUCCUUCUUUCUCCCUUCCUUCCUUCCUUCCUUUCUUUCUUUCUUUCUUUCUUUCUUUCUUUCUUUCUUCCAUCCUUCCAUCCUUUCUUUCCUUCUUUCCCCCUUCCUUACUUCAUUCCAUUCUUUCUUUCUUUCUUUCUUUCUUUCUUUCUUUCUUUCUUUCAUCCAUCCAUCUUUCUUUCUUUCUUUCUUUCUUUCUUUCAUCCAUCCUUCCAUUCUUUCUUUCCUUGUUUCCUUUCCUUCCUUCCUUCCUUCCUUCCUUCCUUCCUUCCUUCCUUCCUUCCUUCAUUCAUUCCUUUCUUUCUUCCUUUCAUCCAUCCUUCCAUCUUUCUUUCUUUCCUUCUUUCUUUCUUUCAUCCAUCCUUUCUUUCCUUCUUUCUCCCUUCCUUCCUUCAUUCCUUUCUUUCUUUCUUCCAUCCAUCCUUCCAUCCUUUCUUUCCUUGUUUCUCCCUUCCUUCCUUCCUUCCUUCCUUCCUUCCUUCCUUUCUUUCCUUCUUUCCUUCCUUCCUUCCUUCCUUCCUUUCUUUCUUUCUUUCUUUCUUUCUUUCUUUCUUUCUUUCUUCCAUCCUUCCAUCCUUUCUUUCCUUCUUUCCCCCUUUCUUUCUUUCUUCCUUUCUUUCUUUUUCUUUCUUUCUUUCUUUCUUUUCCUUUCUUUUCUUUUCUUUCUUUCUUUCAUCCAUCCAUUUUUCUUUUCUUUCUUUUCUUUCUUUCUUUCUUUCUUUUUUCUUUCAUCCAUCUUUCCAUUCUUUCUUUCCUUGUUUCUCCUUUCCUUCCUUCCUUCCUUCCUUCCUUCCUUCCUUCCUUCAUUCAUUCCUUUCUUUCUUCCUUUCAUCCAUCCUUCCAUCUUUCUUUCUUUCCUUCUUUCUUUCUUUCAUCCUUCUAUCCUUUCUUCUUUCCUCCUUUCUCCCUUCCUUCCUUCAUUCCUUUCUUUCUUUCUUUCAUCCAUCCUUCCAUCCUUUCUUUCCUUCUUUCUCCCUUCCUUCCUUCAUUCCUUUCUUUCUUCCUUUCAUCCAUCCUUCCAUCCUUCCAUCUUUCUUUCUUUCUUUCUUUCUUUCUUUCUUUCUUUCUUUCUUUCUUUCUAG